AUGCGAAGAGUAGCCUCCGGCGGUAUCUGCGGAGGGUGGUACGCUUGCAUUUUGGACAGGAAGCCAAACGGGGCUCAGAUUCGUGUUAAAAUCAAAGGAAUCGACUGCUCCAAGAUUACCAAUGAUAAUAAGAGGUCAAUAGAAGAUGAAGCGUUCACACCUCAUACACUCCUUGGGCGUGCUCGAAGUGGAGCGGUGCUGGGUAAUGAUUCUAAAGUGACUUUUGUCGAUUCUGAUGUUUAUGGAAACAAAACUAAUGGCAGCGUUGCUAUGAUCAUUCCAUUUGAUGUUCCGGACGACAUUGUUGGGAUAUUCACCGUGGAUUAUACCAUUGCAUCGGGACCUCUCAAGUCCGGUUCUCUUGUCGAUGACUGGGGGAAUGGCCUUGGGCCAGUUCCCAUCUCAGACUCUGGUCAAACCACCAGCGCUACGGUUGAAGUCGGCCCCGAUGGUGUUGGCAAUGUCAUGAUGUUUGCCUGGGUUGAUACCUUCGCUGUUUUCCAUGAGCUACUGGACAAGCUUCUCCACAAGGUGUAA